AUGCACUUUAGGGGCGGCAGAGGGCGAGGACGAGGCAGGGGAGGCGCAUCGGCGAACAGCGAGCCAGGCCCACCGCGCGAAGACGACGGCACGCAGCUCGCAGAACGAUUCGAGCAAGUCAGGCUCCAGGAUGAAAUUGACGAGAAGAUGGGUUUUGCGAGGGUCUCGGAGGGCCCUACGAAGGAAGGGUGGCUGAUCAAUAUGCACCCGACGUUAGUAAAAGAUGCAGAAUGGCCAUCAGGGAAAGCUGCUGUGGACUUUUUCUUUAUUCAAGACGACGGCGGUAUGUUCAGGUGCACGCUACAGUACGAGCCUUACUUUUACAUCGCCUGCAAGAGCGGGAUGGAGACUGUGAUAGAGGAGUGGCUGCUUAAGAAAUACGAGGGCGUCAUCUGCCGCAUUACACGGCACAAGAAGGAAGACCUGCAGAUGCCAAACCACCUACUCGGCCACCGACGACUCUACCUGCAGCUGCAGUUCAGGAACGUGUCAGACCUUUUGGCGGUCAGAAAAGACGUUAUGCCCUUGGCUCUCGCCAAUGGUGCAAAACUUGAUGCCGUCGACGCGUACGCCGAGGUCGUCCAAGCCACAGCGAACGAAGCGAGCAUGUCGAUAGAAGUCGACUCCGAAUGGGCCAUGGAUGUCGACAGUGUCGCUUCGAGUCGACCUGGAGGCAAGGAUCGGGAUCCUAGGGAAGGUAUUAUCGAUAUCCGGGAGUUCGACGUGCCAUACUACUUGCGCGUUGCCAUGGAUAACGAGAUUCGCGUCGGUCUCUGGUAUGCCAUCACCUUCGAGGGCGGGCAGCCAAUAUUCAAGCAGCUAGUUGAGCGUGUCAAGCGAGCCGACCCCGUCGUCAUGGCCUACGACAUUGAGACGACAAAGGCGCCACUCAAGUUCCCUGACCAAGCCAUCGACCAAGUCAUGAUGAUCUCGUACAUGGUCGACGGCCAGGGGUUCCUCAUUACAAACCGUGAGAUCGUUAGCGAAGACAUCGACGACUUCGAGUAUACCCCUAAGGAAGGCUACGAGGGUCCCUUCGUAGUUUUCAACGAAGCUGAUGAGCCUUCAGUAAUUCGUCGUUUCUUCUCUCAUAUUCAGGAAGUCAAACCUACCGUUAUGGCAACGUUCAACGGAGACUUCUUCGAUUUCCCUUUCCUGUACGCACGUGCUAAGGUUCACGGAAUCGACAUGUUUCUCGAGACAGGCUUCGUCAUCGAUUCUGAAGAGGAGUACAAGAGCAGGACGUGUGCGCAUAUGGAUUGCUUCCGCUGGGUCAAGCGCGAUUCGUACUUGCCACAAGGCAGUCAGGGUCUGAAGGCCGUCACCACGGCGAAGCUUGGGUAUAACCCCAUCGAGCUCGACCCCGAACUGAUGACACCGUACGCGAUGGAACAGCCACAAAUUCUUGCCCAAUACUCCGUUUCCGAUGCAGUAGCGACUUACUAUCUCUACAUGAAAUAUGUCCAUCCGUUCAUCUUCUCUCUAUGUAACAUCAUUCCUCUCAAAGCGGACGAGGUUCUACGCAAAGGAUCUGGCACACUUUGCGAGACACUUCUGAUGGUCGAAGCAUUCCGAGGCAACGUCAUCAUGCCUAACAAGCACGAAGAAGAGCAUGGAAAAAUGUAUGAAGGACAUCUGGUCGCAACCGAGACCUACGUCGGAGGACACGUCGAAGCUCUUGAAGCAGGUGUCUUCCGGAGCGAUAUCUCGACGCAAUUUAAGAUUGAGCCUUCCGCUGUGCAGCAGUUAAUUGAUCAGCUGGAUGCUGCGCUGACUUUCUGUAUCGUCGAAGAGUCCAAGUCGUCGCUUGAGAGCGUGACGAACUACGACGAAGUCAAGGCACAGAUUCAGGCCAAGCUCGAGGAAAUGCGCGACAAUCCUCUUCGCAUGGAUAAUCCGCUCAUCUACCACUUGGAUGUCGCCGCCAUGUACCCCAACAUCAUGUUGUCCAAUCGGCUCCAACCGGAUUCCGUCGUGGACGAGUCUGUAUGUGCCGUCUGCGACUUCAAUCGCCCCGGCAAGGUCUGCGACAGGCGAAUGACCUGGGCAUGGAGAGGAGAAUUAUUCCCUGCGCGUCGUGACGAGUUCAACAUGAUCAAGCAUGCGCUGAAUCAAGAGACGUUUCCGCCCAAGAAACCCGGUCAACCCCAGCGAAGAUUCUCUGAUCUCGCGCCGGCCGAACAGACUGCGCUUCUCCACAAGCGUCUUGGCGACUACUCGAGAAAGGUCUACAAGAAAGUGAAGGAUACCAAGGUGGAGAACCGCCAGGCGAUCAUCUGCCAGAGGGAGAACCCCUUCUAUAUUGAUACCGUGCGCCGCUUCCGCGACCGUCGGUACGAGUACAAAGGGUUGCACAAGACGUGGAAGAAGAAUCUUGACACUGUCCUUUCUGAGAGCCGUUCCAUUGCGGAGGUUGACGAGGCGAAGAAGAUGAUCGUGCUCUACGACUCGCUGCAGCUUGCACACAAGUGUAUCCUCAACUCCUUCUAUGGCUACGUCAUGCGCAAGGGCGCGCGCUGGCACUCAAUGGAGAUGGCUGGCAUCACCUGUUUAACGGGCGCGACUAUCAUCCAGAUGGCCCGGCAGCUCGUAGAGCAGAUCGGCCGACCGCUAGAGCUCGAUACCGACGGUAUCUGGUGCAUGCUCCCUGGUGUCUUCCCCGAGAAUUUCAAGUUUAAGCUGGAGAACGGGAAGGCUAUUGCGUUCUCCUACCCUUGUACUAUGCUCAACCACCUCGUCAACGCUCAGUUCACGAACCACCAAUACCACGACCUUGACCCUGAGACCGGGGAUUACAAGAUUCAUAGCGAGAACUCGAUAUUCUUCGAGUUGGACGGACCGUACAAGGCGAUGAUCCUCCCGUCGUCGAAAGAGGAAGACAAACUCUUGAAGAAGAGAUAUGCGGUCUUCAAUGACGACGGUUCGCUUGCUGAGCUGAAGGGCUUCGAGGUCAAGCGUCGGGGCGAACUACAGCUCAUCAAGAUCUUCCAGUCUCAGAUCUUCGAGAAGUUCUUGCUCGGCACGACGACCGAGGAGUGCUACACUGCGGUAGCUCAGAUCGCCGACCGGUGGCUCGAUGUACUAUUCAGCAAGGCAGAGAGUCUUGGUGACGAUGAACUUGUCGAACUCAUCGCCGAGAACCGCAGCAUGUCGAGGACCUUGGCGGAGUACGCCGGCCAGAAGUCGACCUCGAUUAGUACGGCUAAGCGGCUCGCAGAGUUCUUGGGCGAUCAGAUGGUCAAGGAUAAGGGUCUUGCAUGCAAGUUCAUCAUCUCUGCAAAACCCCUUGGUGCACCUGUCACCGAGCGUGCGGUACCAGUCGCGAUCUUCUCCGCCGAGGAGAGCGUCAAGCGAGCGUACCUGCGCAAGUGGCUCAAGGAUAACAGUAUGACAAACUUUGACCUCCGGUCGAUUCUCGACUGGGGCUACUACAUCGAGCGCCUCGGCUCCGUCAUUCAGAAGCUCAUCACCAUUCCUGCUGCGAUGCAGAAGGUUGCGAAUCCCGUUCCGCGCAUUCGCCACCCUGACUGGCUUCACCGCCGCGUCGUGGCGCAAGGCGACAAGUUUCACCAGCACAAGAUGACGGAGUACUUCGGCAAGAUGACCGCCGACAUCGAAGAUAUCGGCGGCACGCAGAGUCGCGAUGGUCGCAAACGCAUUGCGGUCGUCAACCGCAAGCCCAGUCGCCGUGAAGAGACGCCGGAACCCGCAUCGGAGUCACAGCUUCCCAAGGUGAAGCCUGAGGUUAACUAUUCCGCUUGGCUACGAGGCGCCAGAGUCCGCUGGACGCAGAGGCUGGCGAAGAAGCUCGGCUUCAACGAUGACGCUGUCGUCCCGGAAAUGUUCAAGGGCGUCCGUGUCAAGGACACGGGUCGUUGGGACAUUGUACAGAUUCGCCAGAUGAGAACGCCAGGCAAGUUCACUCUCUGGCUCUCAACCGACACCGGCCUGGUAUCUGUACCGCUCCGGAUUCCGAGAGAGUUCUACGUGCACUUGCGCAUAACGCCGAAGCGUGAUCACUUCCGGACCGACAUGUACAGCGUCGAAAAGGUCGUGCGGACUUUGCCACGCGAUCAGCCCUGCGUUAACCUGUAUAAGCUGUCCGUGCGAGAGGAGACGUUCCUUGAGGAGCAGGAACAUUUCAUUCAUUUGACUAACGACCCGAGUGUCGAUGGAGUAUAUGAGCAGCAGGUGCCACUAGUCACUCGCGCGUUGCUCAAGUUGGGCAAGACCUGCGCUACCGAUAUCAGCGGUCUGACACUCAACCGUGCCGAGGUCACUGGAUUUGACCUAAAACAACUAGACAGAGCUAUGGCAAACUCGUCUCGUGUCAAGUAUCUUGACGAGGGACGAGCUACUAAAUGCACACUCCUCUUCCACGCGAUGUCCAGCUCUGCAAAUGUUCAUGUGUUCGGCCUUUUCCUUCCAUCGGGCCCAGUUAGGCUGCACAUCGUCGAUCCUGCAACUCGCCGCCAAGCACUCGUCCGCUUACCGGAAACCUACCUCGACUUGCUGAACAAGCGUCCAAACCAAGGCUCCAACAUCUCCUUCACGUACCCUGAUUCGCUUGAUUUCACGACUACCUACCACGCGAACGACUUCAUUGCCAUGAAGGCCAUCUCUCGUGAGCUCGGUCUCGCGGAGAACCAGGGCCUGACAGUCGUGAUCUCGUCUCUGAAGGAGCAGACUUACUUUGACGCAUACAUUCCAAAGCUGGCAAAGUUCCCAGUUUUGUCGAUGUCGAAGGCCAAGGCCCUCCACUCUUUGGAUGUUCUCCCAUGGCAGCCUGCCGCUGCCCAGAAGAUGAUUCGCCGCUACCUGACGAUGGGCGCCUGGUUGGAUCGUACCAUCGCCCUCGCAGAUUACUAUGACGUUCCGGUUGGACACAUAGAUGGCGACCAGCCGUUGCUGCUCGCCGAUAUCGAGUUCGCCCGUCGGUUGACCGCACAAGACAUUCUACUUUGGUGGUCGCCGACCGAUCGGCCGGAUUUGGGCGGCAUUGAAGACGACCGCCGGCCCACUGAGGAGCUGCCCAAGACCGAGUUUAUGUCCCCCGGAUGCUACUCGAACGUCUGUUUGGAGAUCACGGUCCGGAACCUCGCGGUCGACGCUGUCUUACACUCGAUGAUCGUGAAUGAGCUAGAAGGCAGCGGCGGUGCCACCGCAUUUGAUGCGACGAAGAACUUGGAUCAGUACACCGGCGACGAUACCCAGAAGGAUCUGACGUUAGGCGAAUCCAGCGUAUCUCCGAUCACAUUCAGCAUUCUCAGAGGCAUGGUGAAGACGUGGCUCCUCGACAAGAUUCGGGGCAACUUCGAAAGUCCUGCUUCACUCGCCAUCGACCACUUCUGGCGAUGGAUCAGCUCAAAUUCAUCCCACCUCUACGAGCCUAGCCUCCACAGGUUCGUCCACGGCCUCAUGCGGAAAACGUUUAUCCAGAUCCUUGCCGAGUUUAAGCGGCUUGGGUCGCACGUUGUCUAUGCAGACCUGAGCAGGAUUCUCCUCGUCACCUCGAAGCCACCUGGGACAGCUCACGCCUACGCCACCUACAUCACCACGGCUGUCACUUCUCACGAACUCUUCCAGCAUGUCUACCUUCACACGGAGCGCUUCUAUGACUUCCUCAUAUUCAUGGACCCAGCCAACCUAGCUGGUAUUGUUUGCGAGGACCCACUCGCUGUCGAUCCAGCCGAGGAGCUGUGUCUGGAGAUGCGCUGGAAUAUUCAAUCGUUUUUGCCGCCUGCUCUCCAAGAAGACUUCAAGAAGGCGAUACGGUACUUCCUCGUCGAAUUCUUCAAGGUUAAGCAGAAGAGCAACGCCGGUGGUCGUGCGCCGCUUCGUAUGAUCCAGAAUGGCCCUCCGGGCGCGACACAGCCAGACGCAGGAAAGACUAAAGAGCAAGAAGACAGCAAGGAGUUCGUCCAACGCAAACUCCUUCGGCGGAUGCUGAAGAUGGUUGGCAAUGUUAUCGAUCAACACCGUGGGGCCAUGAUGGACGAAGAAAUUUUAGCUCAAUGGCAGUUCCCGGUGCUUCCUGGAUCACACCUCCACAUGACGAACCCUGUCCUCGAGUUUGUCAAGUUUACCUGCGCCAUUUUUGCGUUGUCGAAGGAGUGCCAGAUUGAAGUUGGCCUGCUGAAACGCAAUCUUCUCGAGCUCGUCGGAGUGCGAGAAUUCUCAUCCGAGGCGGCCUUCCAGAACCCUUGUGAGCCGCUCAAGCUCUCUAAUGUCCCCUGCCGACACUGCGACUCUCUGCGCGACUUCGACUUCUGUCGAGAUCCCGAGCUGGUGGAGCUUGCCGGCCAGGGUGCUCCGCGCUGGACAUGCGUCAAUUGCUAUGGAGAGUACGACCGCACCAUGAUCGAGUUCGCUCUCAUCGAGAUGGUCUGGGAACUCGAGCGGCGAUUCGCACAGCAGGACCUCCGUUGCACCAAGUGCAAACAAAUUCAGUCGGACAACGUCUCUCGUUUCUGCCAAUGCUCAGGUAACUACCAACUUACUAUCAGCAAGGCGGAUGUUCGACGUCGUCUACGAACCAUGGUUAACGUUGCGCUGGUGCACAAGUUCCCAAAGCUAAGGGAAUGCGCUGAAUCUCUGUUGGGCGCCUGGUAG